GUCCCAGCUGGCGUUAAGGCGUUCUGUCACCUCGUGUAAGGGGGGAAUGGGUGGAUGCCCGUGAGUGACAAUAUGAAAAAAUUCCAACCUAGGUAGAUGAAACAAGAUUCCCAUUUGUAAACUGGCAGGCAAAGGAUGACUUGGGUGACGAUGGUGACUGCAAGGUAUGCGCUGCUUGCAAUGCUUGCAAUGAGAGCACUUUUUUAUCCCGUUCCUUCGUUACCCACGGCCAGCCAGCUUAGUAUCUGGAUUUCACUCUCCCCGGCCCCAAUAGGAUUGGCCCUCCAAGGCUUGAGCCCAAUCAGGCACGAUUCCUCCCAAGGAUGAGAUCUUGCAUCCGAUAGAGCCGGAUCAUAGAAGUUCUUCUAUACAAGGUCUC